AUGGAUACCCUUCCAUCAGGGCCAAAGUGGUGGAGUACCAUUCUAGAAGUCAAAGGUUACAAAACAACUGAUUCUAUACAGCUGAUUUGGCAUGAUGCAGAGGAGAUCACAAGGUCCUUGUUUGGAAACCCUAUCUUUGGUGCUGAUAUGAUGUUUGACCCUAUUCUGAUCACCAAUGCUCUUGGACAGGAGUAUGGUGAAUGGUUCUCAGCAUGCAAAGCCCAUUGCAUCCAAGAUUCCCUUCUGGAGGGUGCCACAAUUACUCCUGUGACAAGGAUGACCAGAGGACUAGAAAUGCAUCCCCUCUUAAUCAGUAUUGGCAAUAUUCCAGGGAACAUCCACAUGGCAGCCACCUCACAUUCAUGGCAAUGUUUUGAUGUCCCUAAGGGAAUCCAAACAAUCCUGCAAACAUGCAUCUGGCACAAAUGUGUUGAUAUCAUCACCAUGGGCCUGAAACAUCUAAUGAUUGCAUGCAUCUCCAAAACAACCCAUAAGCAGUUUGGCAACAGCAAUCUCACUCUCCAGCACAUUGAACAAGUCACCCAGGGUACUCACCUGUGGAAUAAUCUUAGCCACUUUCAAAGAGAGGUGAAGACAAUACAGCUUAGCAGUGUCCACCUUCCAUUUUGGAGAAACUGGCCAUUUGCAGACCCCUCCAUCUUCCUUCUGCCUGAAAUCCUUCAUACAUGCCACAAGUUUUUCUUCAACCAUGUCCUCUCAUGGUGUAGAGAGUUACUUGAGGAUGACCUUGAUGUGCACUUUGCAGGUAGUGUUUCACACAUCAAGCAAAUGACAGGCAGAGAACACCACGACAUCCAGCAUACCAUUGUUCCCAUGAUUGCUGGUUGUGUACCUCCACAGUUCCUCUGUGCCAUACAUGCUAUUAUCAGUUUCAUAUACCAGGCACAGAGUCCCAUACACACAGAUGUUUCUGUGAAGGAAAUGGAAUCAUCACUGCAGGAGUUCCAUGUGCACAAGGAUGCCAUUAUCAAGGUGAAUGCCAGAAAGACAAGAUCAGCUGGUACCAAAAAUGACUUGCACAUUCUGAAGUUGGAGCUUUUUCACAGCUUUGCAGCAGCAAUUUACAUCAGCAAAUGCCUUCUUAUCACCCACUGCAAGUGUCCAUUUGAAUGUACUAAUAAGAAUAAAGACUUCGCAGAACAAGUUGUCUGA